AUGCUAGCGUCCCCGCUAUAUCCAUCCGCUCAGCCGAAUCCGUUUCCUUCAUCGGAAGACAACCGGCAAUACCGUCCUUCAAAGGACAUAGAAGCCUUCAACAGUCUUUUGCCCCCACCUAUCGAGUUUGUGGAGGGUUCGUCGUCAGACGCGCUAGCUGUGGCUGAAGGUAAAUACGAGCCCAUCAAUGUUACACCGAAGCGCAGUACACAGACAGAGCGGAGCGAGAGCCAUGAAAAGGAUAAUUCCGAAGAAGACUCCUCGUCCGCCGCUGCAUCUCAAUCUACCCCUACCCCGAAAACGAAUCCCAAAAUGCGCCCACUGUAUGCGGGCGACAUCGACCUUUCAUGGCCGCAGGGUGCUCGGUUGGGCUCUGGCCUCUACAAUACAGGGAAUACAUGCUUUUUAAACAGCUCCAUACAAUGCCUGGUGCACACUCCGCCACUUUUAAAUCUUCUUGUAAAGCAUAAACCUAACGAAUGUCCAUCUAAGAACUUCUGCAUGACGUGCUCCCUUCGAACCGUCGCAAUACAAUCCCAUAAAUCCAAUUCCGCAUUUUCGCCAAAUCAGAUAACUGGGAAGCUGCAAGUUAUCGCUAAACACAUGCGGAGAGGUAGACAGGAGGAUUCACAUGAAUUCCUUCGAUACGCUAUAGAUGCCUUGCAAAAAUCUUGCCUGGCAGGACAGCCCCCGAAAAUUGACCAUAAACUCGCUGAGACGACGUGGGUGCACAAGCUUUUCGGAGGCAAGCUACGCUCCCGCGUAGCUUGUGGGAGUUGUGGUCACAACAGUGACACAUUCGAUAGUAUACUGGACUUGAGUCUCGACAUACACCACUCGCAGCAUCUGAGAGAUGCUCUCCGCAAGUUUGUGGCACCGGAUCAUUUGAAGGGUGCGGACAAGUACAAAUGUGAAAAAUGUAAAAAACACGUUAAUGCUACUAAACAAUUCACUAUUCAAGAAGCCCCUGUCGUUUUGACUGUCCACCUGAAGCGGUUUUCGCCCACAGGCUCGAAAAUAGGGCACAUGGUGUCCUAUGACGAGCAGCUCUCUUUAGCCCCGUAUAUGAGCGAAGGACAAUAUGGGCCGAACUACUCCCUGUAUGGUGUGAUUUGCCACGCUGGAGGGGGUCCGCAUUCAGGACACUACUACGCCUACGUCAAAAGCAGGGAUAACCGAUGGCACGAAAUGAACGACGAAUCAGUCACGACGGCGUCCACACCGACUCGCAAUAAAAAUAGUUAUAUCUUGUUCUACAUCAAGAACAAAGGCGAGAAGCUCGAGUCUGCCGUCAAAGCCAACACACCGUUGACUAAUGGUUCUGCGAUUCAAUUCACACCGACACAGGUGAAGAAGCCCGGUAUCGCGGCACAGAUGCAGAAGAAGAGACCAAGAGAAGGCGAAAAUGGGGAGGGAGUUGAAGAUCAAGGUGUCAAAGUGAACCCGCCGUUCAUUGGGCCCGUACUUCCGUCACAGGAGAGCGUUGGGGAAGGUAGUAGUCCUUCUCAGGCGAAACGACCCAAACUCGACUCUGAGGAUCCUCAGGCUAGCGUUAUCAAGCGGAAGAUUGACUCUGCUAAAGCCGCUAACGGUAAAGCGCCUCUGCCAGGUUUGGCGGACUACGGAUCGGAUAACGAGGAGGAGGAGGUCGGUGAGAAGACAGAGGCACCGGAGGAGACCAGCCCGAAGGUGAUAGACCGGCCAGAAUCAUCACCCCCACGUCGACCACCCACGCCCGCUGCUGCUCUCCCGAGAUUCUCGGGCCCCAUACCGACCAGUAGCUUCUAUGCUACUCCGAAGGCAAAACAAAAACCAACACACGGCGGGGGCAGUGGUCCCAGCCCAGCGAACCGUAAAACGUCUUUCCUCGAUAGGAAAAAUAAUUACAAUCCUUAUGCAUUUGGCAAAAAGAACAAGAGGUUUGGUUCGAGGCCUAGAGCGAUAUGA